UCACCCCGGCGGUGACGUCCCAAGCGCAACAAUUAGUUCGAGAAAAUAUAUUUAAUUUUAACUGAAAAUAAUCAUAUUAAUUAGUUAUAAUGUCUGUGUAUCGCUUUAAUCGUUUAGUUUAGUUAGAUUUGAUAAUGUGCAAUAAGGACUUUGUUACGAAAAGGAAAAUGGCGGACACGCAAAUUUCGAUUUGAAUUUAGAAUGUCCUUCUUCUUUCCUUCAUAAAAUAAGUAACAAAUUCUUUGGCAUUAAUGUGCCAGUGCUGAAUCGGUUUUCAGCAUAGAGUAUCGGUUCGCGAGUGCAAGGACACGAGUUUAAUCGAUAGUACCGGCAUCGAUGGCCAGUUGAAUCCGGCGCUCGGCUGGGCGUACUGCUCCCGUGACAUACCGACUGUUCAUGUCGCUGAAGGAGCAGUAGAUUGACGUCUCUCGAAGAGAUGACGACCGAAACGGCGACGCCGAACCAGGCGGACGCCAGCACGGCGUUCCUGCGUGCGGCUCGCGCCGGACAAAUAGAGAAGAUCAUCAGCCUUCUGGAGCAAGGAGUCGACAUUAACGUUAGCAAUGCUAAUGGCCUCAAUGCAAUUCACCUAGCUUCAAAGGACGGGCAUGUGGAAGUUGUCCGCGAGUUGCUGCAGCGUGGUGCUGCGAUCGACGCGGCGACUAAGAAGGGGAACACCGCCCUACACAUCGCUUCCUUAGCAGGACAAGAGGCUGUGGUCAAACUAUUGGUGCAGAAUGGUGCCCAGGUUAACAUCCAAUCUCAGAAUGGCUUCACGCCUUUGUACAUGGCUGCGCAAGAAAAUCAUGAUGGUGUUGUCAAGUUUUUACUAGCAAAUGGCGCUAACCAGAGUCUCGCUACUGAGGAUGGGUUCACACCGUUGGCGGUGGCAAUGCAGCAAGGUCACGAGAAAGUGGUGGCCGUACUGUUGGAGGCGGAUACGCGCGGUCGUGUGCGCCUGCCCGCGCUGCAUAUCGCCGCCAAGAAAGACGACGUUAAGGCCGCCAAUUUGUUACUAGAGAAUGAACAUAACCCAGACGUGACUUCAAAAUCUGGCUUCACGCCACUUCACAUCGCGGCCCACUACGGCAACGAGUCGGUAGCGCGCCUACUGCUGGCCAAGGGAGCUGAUGUCAACUGUGCGGCUAAACACAACAUAUGUCCUCUGCACGUUGCCGCUAAGUGGGGCAAAGAAAACAUGGUGUCAUUGCUAUGCGACAACGGUGCCAACGUGGAGGCUCGCACGCGGGACGGCCUCACGCCGCUACACUGCGCCGCGCGCUCCGGACACGAGCGCGUUGUAGAGACCUUGCUGGACAGGGGCGCGCCUAUCACUAGCAAGAGCAAGAACGGUCUAGCUCCCCUGCACAUGGCGGCGCAAGGUGACCACGCAGAAGCAGCUAGAGUUCUGCUCUCCCGACGAGCUCCAGUCGAUGACGUCACAGUGGACUACCUGACCGCGCUACAUGUCGCCGCUCACUGCGGACAUGCUAAAGUUGCCAAGUUGCUACUUGACAGAAAUGCUGAUGCGAACGCGCGAGCUCUGAACGGAUUCACUCCCUUACACAUAGCUUGUAAGAAGAAUAGAAUUAAGGUUGUGGAACUACUCCUCAAGUAUGGAGCAAGUAUCCAAGCGACCACGGAGUCAGGUCUGACUCCUCUCCAUGUGGCUGCGUUCAUGGGCUGCAUGAACAUCGUGAUCUACCUGCUGCAGCACGAGGCCAAUCCUGACGUGCCCACGGUCAGGGGAGAGACGCCUCUACAUCUAGCGGCAAGGGCCAACCAGACUGACAUAAUCCGGAUUUUACUCCGCAAUGGUGCGGCGGUGGAAGCGAAGGCGCGCGAGCGUCAGACGCCGCUACACAUCGCGUCUCGCCUCGGCAAUGUUGACAUCGCGGUGUUGCUGCUGCAGCAUGGCGCUGACGUGCGCGCUCUCACUGCAGACCACUAUAACGCCCUGCAUAUCGCCGCUAAACAACACAAUCAUGAUGUUGCCGCGGCUUUGAUCGAGCACAACGCACCCCUAACAGCGACCACAAAGAAAGGUUUCACUGCUCUGCAUCUAGCCGCUAAAUAUGGAAACUUAAAGGUUGCCAAUCUUCUGCUGGCGCACGGCGCGUCACCCGACCAGGCGGGCAAGAAUGGCAUGACGCCAUUGCACGUCGCCGCGCAGUAUGACCAGCAAGCGGUCGCCACCACAUUGCUGGAGAAGGGCGCUGAUGCCAAGGCAGUAGCAAAGAACGGGCACACGCCGCUGCACAUCGCGUCCCGUAAGAACCAGAUGGAGACCGCGGCCACAUUACUGGAGUACGGAGCUCUCACUAACGCCGAGUCUAAAGCUGGAUUUACACCACUGCAUCUCGCAGCUCAACAGGGUCACACAGAAAUGUGUGCGUUGCUAUUGGAGCAUGGCGCCGAGGUGGACCAGCAGGCCAAGAAUGGCCUGGCUGCCAUACACCUGGCCGCACAAGAAGACCGUGUGCCAGUCGCGCAGCUGCUCGUCAAGAAUGGCGGACAGGUUGAUAUAUGCACUAAGGGUGGGUAUACACCGCUGCACAUCGCCAGUCACUACGGCCAGGCUAACAUGGUGCGCUAUCUGCUAGAAAACGGCGCCUCCAUCAAAGCUCAGACCAAUCAUGGUUACACUGCGCUGCACCACGCCGCUCAACAAGGUCACAUCAACAUUGUCAAUAUCCUGCUCGAACACAAGGCUGAUCCAAAUGCUAUCACUGUUAAUGGUCAAACUCCAUUAGACAUAGCAUCCAAGCUUGGCUACGUCACAGUGAUGGAGACCCUCAAGGAAGUAUCAGACCCCUCCAUCAGCGCAGCCUCGCAGGAGAAAUACAAAGUGGUCGCGCCGGAGACAAUGCUGGAAACAUUUAUGUCUGACUCGGAAGAAGAAGGUGGUGAAGAUACAAUUUUGAAUGACCAACCAUACCGCUAUUUGACAGCGGAUGAUAUGAAGUCAUUAGGAGAUGACUCCUUACCCAUUGACGUCACCAAAGAUGAGAGAACAGAAUCGGCCAUGAGCCAUAAGAACAUCAUGGAGAUAUCUCAAGGAUCAGUGAACGGCAUCCCAUACCAGCCUCAACAAGAGGUGGUGGUGAAGAGCAUCAGCCGGUACAGCACCGCACAGGCGCCCAAGGGAUACUGCUACAACGUCGAUCCCACGCAACCCAAAAAGAAACUACAAUGGAAAAAUUUCCUGGUGUCAUUCCUGGUGGACGCGCGCGGCGGCGCCAUGCGGGGAUGUCGCGGCGGCGGAGUGCGCGUCAUAGUGCCGCCACUCUCCGCCCAGCAACCUACCAGGAUCACCUGCAGAUAUCUGAAGCCAUCUCGUAUCAACCACAUGCCGCCGCUGAUGGAGGGCGAGGCGCUGGCAGCUCGCGUUCUCGAAAUGGGCCCUGUUUCCGCUAAGUUCUUGGGUCCUGUGAUAUUGGAGGUGCCACACUACGCGUCACUGCGCGGCAAGGAGCGCGAGAUCGUCAUACUGCGCUCUGACAACGGCACCAGCUGGCGAGAGCACAGCGCGGAUGCCACUGAUGAUGUCGUACAGGAUAUACUGCACGAAACAUUAGAGAUUGAAGAAACCAACGACGAGGAGAAAGGUUGGGACGCGCCGCGCAUCACUCGUAUACUCACACACGACUUCCCGCAGUACUUUGCUGUCAUCUCUCGUAUCCGACAAGAGGUGCACGCUAUUGGACCUGAAGGUGGAAUGGUAUCAAGUUCCGUGGUACCUCAAGUGCAGGCGGUCUUCCCUCAGGGUGCGUUGACGAAGAAGAUUAAAGUUGGCCUCCAGGUAAACUUGUUCAAACCACGGAAAGGUGUGAAAGAUAUGAAUUUGAAAAAGAUAACCGUUAAUAAUGUAUCUAAAAAGAAACGUUUUUCUUUAAUUUGGUAGUA